AUGUGCUCUUCUAAAGCUUCAACAAAACCUUCGGUAAGCUUGAUUUUGCUGCAUUUUGCGAAAAACCUCCAUCCACCAAACCAAGAGCAUCCGAAAUCUUCAUACGCCGGUGUCCACGAUAAAUCCCAUCCAAAAGCUCCCACUCCAAAACAUCCAUCUGUCAUGACAGUCCCCUCAAAGUCUACAGACACCGUUGCCACUUGUCAUGAGCUGGAACCCUUGAAAAGUCAGAAAACAGAACCGAAAACGGUAGAAAUCAAUGAUAAAAGUGAUGACACAAUUGAGAACAUUCCAUCAGUGAAAACGAAAGAAGGCGUCAGUUAUGAAAGUGAUGGUCAAACAGAAAAGUCGCCGGCUGAAAAGAAAAAAGAUGAUAUUGCAAUGAAGUUGUUGGAAGAUAAAAAGAUAAACAGCCAAAUUUGUCUGUGCAGCGCCGGUAACGGCUUCAUGGAAAAAGGCCCAAAGAAAGAGAAUAUGGUGGUCGAAAUCGCUGUUAGGGUGUGUAUUAAGAAGACUGGAGCAAUUGGAAGAGUAAGGAAGACUACAAAUGUUUUCAAAAGACAACAACUAAAGAAGCAACCCAGAGUAGCCUUCGAAAACGAUGAGAACAAUGCGGAUACUGGAAGAAACGGAGAAAACAUUGUUGUUCAAAUUGUGGACCAGGAGGAGAUGAUGAGGGACCAAAUGGCUAUUCUGGGGCCAGAACGACCAACGGGAAAUAAAUUUUUUUAA